AUGGGUCUGCUCUCUUCAAAUGCCGAGAAGCCAUGGAUUGAGACACCCUGCAUAAGAUCGGCAGCUCUGUCUCGCAUAGCAGGAUGCAACAUCUACCUCAAGCUCGAGAACCUCCAGCCGUCAGGAUCGUUCAAGUCCCGCGGGGUCGGCAAUUUGAUGGUCCGCGCUGCCGAAGCCGCCCCGGAGGCAGCAGACGCCCACUUCUACUGCUCGUCCGGCGGCAACGCCGGCCUCGCGUGCGCAACCUCGGCCAUCGCGCUCAAGCGCAAGGCCACCGUCGUUGUGCCCAAGACGACGUCGCCUCUCAUGAUCUCAAAACUGAAGCUCUUGGGCGCGGACUGUGUCCAGGUCGGAGAGAACUGGGCCGAGGCAGACCGACACCUCCGUGAAGUGCUGCUGGCCAAUGACCCGGCCGGCGUCUAUGUGCCGCCCUUCGACCACCCACAUAUCUGGGACGGCGCAUCCACCAUCAUUGACGAGGUGGCCUCACAACUUGAACGCCGCAAGAUCAACGGCAUUGUGUGUUCUGUCGGCGGCGGUGGCCUGCUCGUUGGCCUCAGCCAGGGUAUUUCCCAGUAUCACUGGGUCAACCGGCCUGUGCCGAGGCUGCUGGCGGUCGAAACCGUUGGCGCGGACAGUCUGAAUGCCAGCGUGCGUGCCGGAGAACACGUCACGCUCCCGGGCAUCACAUCCAUUGCGGGCUCGCUCGGCGCGGUUCGUGUCGCGAGCAAGGCGUGGGAACUUGUACGAGACAUCCCCGAAUGCCACAAAAGCGUGACGGUUACUGACGCAGAGGCGGCCACGGCCUGCGUACGUUUCGUCGGUGACGCCCAGUUGGUGGUUGAGGUCGCUUGCGGAGCGACGAUUGCGACUGUGUACAACGGCACUCUGCGUAAGCAGAUGGGCGGCUUCUUGUCAGACAAGGAGUGGGCGGAGACGAACAUUGUCCUCAUUGUUUGCGGGGGGUCAAAUGUGACCAUGGAAAUGUUAGAAGGAUACCGUGCCACUUAUGGCAUCACCGUGUGA